AUGGAUAAAGGUACUUGUAAAAGUGGUGCCACGACAAAGGUUAAAACCCCACCUGCUCCAAAGCCAAAGCCACCUAAACUUUCAACCACUACUUCCAAUAAAAUUGACAGUGAGCCCAAUUCGUCAUCUACACCAUCGAAACGAGUAAAUCCCAAUAAUCGAAAUAAUCGCGGACCAAAUAUUAACAGAAUAUCGAAAGUUUUUGAAGAUUCAGAUAUCAAAUCUCGAACCGCACCUUCUCUUCCACUAUCACCUAAACUACCGGUUCCCCGGGUAGUGAAGCCUUAUUCCCCCAAAAAGCAAUCACAGAGUACCAUGAAUAGUGAGCCAAACUCAGCCAUAGAUGAAUCUUCAAUAGCAUUUGGCGAAAUCAAAGCAAAGUUUCAGAAAGAUAUCGGCAACAGAGCAACUCCUCCAAUUGAAAAACAACCCGCGCAUUCAGAUAACCACAGUGUAACAAAAAGCCUAGAUAAACAGAAAAUGAUUGUCAACUCAUCCAAACGUACUGGCAAUAUUAACAAGAGUAUAAAAAAAUCAGAAAGACCUUCUUUCGACUCCGUAAUAGUAUUCAAUGAUAAUGAGGCGGAUUUAAUAAACGCUAGUUUUAAGUGGGCCGAAGCGACGGGAAACGGUAAUGAUGAUGUGCCUGAAUUACCAAGAAAAGCUGGAAGAAGUACAGGAUCUCUUUCACAUAAAGGUGACUCGAGCGGUUCAAACAAGAAGGGUCCAACAAAGAUGGGGAGAAGUGAUUCUUAUAGUGGUACUCGGUCAAAAACAGAUUCUAGCAUUUCGACAGCGGAAAGCGAUUUUGAAGCAAAAAGAGCUAGUAUUGCGAAUCUUCUUUCGAAGACGCCAAGUUUAAUGCGUCCCCAAGGCUUACACAUAGAAACUUCAAAGGAGCUACCUUCUGAACUCGUGAGGUCGCCCUCUCAACACUCCCAGCACUCCCAACACUCACCUUCUAUUAAAUUACUUGGUUCUCCUCUCUCCGAUAUUAGUCGUAGAUCUCGAAGUGAAACUUCACUUCCGAGUUUUCCAAGUGAAACCGCUGUAGAAGAAGAAGACGAACUUUCCGUAGAUUUGAAAAGACGCCGAAAACUAUGGAAUGUCAUAAAAGAGCUUGUCGAAACCGAGAAGAUAUUUCUGACAGACAUGGAGUUAUUGGAAGAGGUUUACUAUAUACAAGCUCAAGAAAUUCCAAUCUUUCAACCAUAUGACUGCAAAACUAUCUUUAUUAACCUUCCCGAAGUAAUAGAUUUUUCUGCCGAUUUUUUGAACUUACUGACUGCUAGCGCGGGAAUCGACGAUUUGGACGACGUGGAUAAUGAUAAGCAUUUGGAAUUGGAGAAUGAUGAUACUUCAAUCGGGGAGGCGUUCGCGCAGAUGAUGAGGAAACAUGGUGAAUAUAGUAGAAUGGAAGAAGUCUACGGUGAAUAUUGUAAACGUCACGAGGCAUCGGUUCAAAAGCUUCAAGAAUUUGAUAAUGAUGAAAUUGUCCAAGGGUUCUUGCAGAAAUGUAAAUCACAAUGCGAGGGUCGAACGAGAAGUUGGGACAUCGCUAGUCUUUUGAUUAAACCAGUGCAACGCGUAUUGAAAUAUCCGUUGUUAUUACAGCAAAUCUUGUCACUAACGAAACCUUCCCAUCCAGAUCAUGCAAUGCUCCAGCGCUCUUUCAAAGAGGUCACCUCUGUUGCGGAACGCAUCAAUGAUAUAAAGAAGCGGAAGGACAUCGUUGAGAAGAUUGUGGGUAAUAAAAAGAGGACGGAAGCUGAUAUAAAACAUGCCACCGGUAUUGCAAAGGCUACCGAAGACGAUCUUUAUAAGUUAUACCUUGAAACCUUUAAGAACAUGGAACAACGAGGAAAAAGAUUAUCACAAGACAUAAAAGAAUGGAUAAAAUCCGUGAAAGAUCAGCAACGCUUUGCCGCGGCGAUCGAAGAAUAUUUUUCACUCAAAGCUGCGUCCACUAAAAACGUCGAUCUGAAAAAGAUAACUGAAUAUAAAAAUGCCGUUAGUGCUCUUGCAAAUUCUUGUGGGAAAGAAAUGGUUUGUCGGGAUUUGUUUGAUGAAAUUUCGAUAAUGCGAAAACGUGAACGGAAAGUUUUGGAUUUCGAUCGGGCAAACGCAAUAAAGGAUCGGGGUGCAGUGCCUGAUAAGGCACUCCAACAAUCUGCAGACGCCUAUGUAUCAAUAUCAGUACAAUUACGUGAGGAAUUACCGGAAUUCUUUAGAUUAAUGACUCAAUAUUUUGAUAUCAUCGUGCAAGAAUUUGUCAAGAUCCAGGCACGUUUCUAUCAACAAAUGCUUAUGGACUUCAGGCAAUAUUAUUACAAAUUCGUUGAUUCGCAAGCGCUAGAGCUAAUAUCCGACAAUAGGGAAUUGGUGUUGAGAGAUUUUGACAUUGUCACAGAAUAUUCUAAAUACUAUCAUGGCGAUUUAGGAAUGGAUGAUGAGCUGGCGUGUCUUGUCCUAAUAAAUAGUGGAUCAGAUCGUUUGUCAUGGCAUUCCAACAUAUCUUCGGACAAAACGUUACGAGAAUCUUUCGGUUUUGAUCCGAUAAACUAUGAAUUUCAAUCGGACAGUCACUACGAAGAUUUUCGUGCAAUCAUGCAAAAACAGCAACGACGUGUCGGAGCGCACAAAAAAUAUGCCACCGAUAGUGCAUUGGAUAAACCUCAAAAACUUGUUGAGGACGACGAGGACGAUGAUGAUGACGUGUUUCACGACACACUGACAGGGGAAGAAGAUGACGGAACGUUAUUCCUUGUUCAGACCAUCUACAAAAACAAGUCCAAACAACCAAAUGAGUUGAAUUUCGAACGUGGUGCAUUGCUUAAGAUUACACACGUUGAAGAAGCUGGAAACUGGUGGUACGCAGAAAAUGCUGACAACGGAAAAAAGGGAUGGGUAGAUCCAGCAUUUGUAGAAAGGAUAGGGUGA